AUGGAUAGUUUAAACAGUAUUGUGGUACAUCGACGAUAUGAUCCCUUGAUGGUUGAGGAUGAAAAAUCAGUGGAAAAUGUCUGCUCUGGAACGGUUCGGAAACUUCAACCGACUAAUGGAAUCAUCCUGAGUCCUGGAUUCACAGAACAUACUGCUUCAGCUUCUAGUCAUUGUUAUUGGUCCAUUGAUCCAUUUCCAGCCACAAGAGUCAGGGUCAUAGUGCAUCUAGCAUACCAUAAAGAAUCCAUGCCGAACUGCAAACAGAAAUUUUUACAGAUACAGUUCACGGGGUGUAACGCAGGUCGGAUUGAAAAAGGAUCGUUUUGCGACAUCCGAAAAAAUAAUUUGGAGAUUUUGUCAUGUGGAAGUGUCUAUAUUAGUAGUCUCGUGUCUUCAAAUCAGCCGGACUUUUCGGACAAAUUUCUAAUAUCUUAUGAAGUUACCGACGAUGCAUCGAUCAGCACUUUCGAUGGUUCUGCUGCAGAAACCUGUGGUAGUUUUAUCCAGGUCUCACCGACCAGUAUACCGUCCAUAGCCUCACAAGAGGUAAUUAACACUCCUGAUAACACCAUCGAGACCAAGUCACAGACUAAAGAUGAAUCACAAAUUAAAUAUAAGAAGCCGAUUCAUAUUUUACGUAAAUUAAAAAUGAUGUUUUUGUAUAUAUUUUUUGGACUGGUAAUAGUGGCCCUGGUCAUUUCCCUAGUCAUGGUCAUUAUCAGUUAUAAGAGAAUGGGACACAGAGGCCGAUAUCGACGAGAUGCCAGUGAAAAAGUCGUCCUCGUUAGGAAGGACGAUUCGCCGCCUAGAAACAAGGAAGAAACACCAAUGCAGACGAUUCGGAACACUAAUACUGUAGGGUCAAAUGUGUCUAGCUCGACGCCUGACGGAGGAGACGUUUCGCCAACACACUAUGAUGUUUUAGUGCCCACUAAUAGUCCAAACAAUACUGUAAUAGCAACUAUUCACCUUCGUUCCGACGAGGACAAACGUUUGAGCGCCGGAAGUGGUUUUUCAAGCUUUCGGCCUAGCAAUAGAAAUAGUGACAUCAGCAGUGUAAAUCCUUAUGCAUCAUAUUCUAGUCUGAACUCAAAUAACAGUCCGCAAUAUUACGGACGUACGCCGGCUCCGUCAACGCAACAGUAUGUGCACAGUAAUGGUCAAAAACGUUACAUUAGUCCGGUACGUAAUAGUGAACGGCAGCCGUUAUUCCGACAUUCUGCGUCUCCGGCGACGUCCGACGACGUGGACCAUUUUACAAUUAAUGAAGAUGACUAUGCUAUAGUGAAAAAGCCGAUUGUGAAUAAAAAGCAGGAAAAUGAUAGCGAUCGUGAACCAACUUACGACAACAUACAUGAUAGAGACGUCGGUCGCUUCCGUCCAACAUCGGGGCCUUACGAUAAGAACCGGACUUCAACGGAAAUUAAUUUCCAGUUUCAGCCGCCGAGUCAUAUUCAUGACGACGAUUUAUGA